CUCCUGUUCCACACACAAUAACACUGCUUAUGUUUUGCAAGAAUUUUACAUUGGCAUUGCUUGAAUGUCUUUUGUCUGCUUUCCCCUCUGAAGCCUCUCAGAAGAAGAAGAAAAGUGAAGAGGUAAACAGGCUUAAACUCCAGCACAGAGAGGACACAAUGCCAGGCUUGUGAUGUUUAAGGUGGUAUGAGACACAAACUAAAAACCACAUGAAGUUGAAAACAGACUUAUGCUAAGAACAAUGGAUACCCAAAAAGAGAAUGGCAUCUAUCCAAAAGAGAAUGGGAGCCAAAGAAGACCACCCUCCUAUUCUGUGGAGACGCCCUAUGGAUUCCAUUUGGACCUGGACUUUCUCAAGUAUGUCGAUGACAUUGAGAAGGGCAACACUAUUAGGAGGGUGCCAAUGCAGAGAAGGCAAAGAGGACGAAAUAAUGGCAUCCUGUCACGUAACUUAAGCCUUCCGGGAUAUGGAUGUAGAGCUACAGAGUGGAACUCGGUCAGCACUUUAUGGCCCAAAACCAAACUAGGCGACUCUCAGCAACAUUUUGAGUUUCGAUCUAGUGACAGUGUGUCUGCUGGCUAUGCCAGGAGGGGAGAACCCAUUUACAAGUCCUUCACAUCUGCAGAGAUGGAGGCUUUUGAUGAGCAGCCCUUGGGAUGUUAUGUCAGGCCAAAUCUCUUGAGAGCCUCCAGUUUACCCUUGACCGUUUUACUGAGAAAACGCUCUGAGUCAACCGAGGAUCCAACCAGCCCCAGUAGCCCAAAGGAAUAUCUAAUGCAGGAAAAUGGCUCCUCUGAAGACAUCUUCCAUACUUCCGACAGCAGGAUAGGUAGAGCAAACGGGACCCUCCAGCGGCUCACUGCAGCUCUUGAACGGGUUGGGGAAUUGGAAGAAGAGAUCAGAGUCAUUCCUGAGCUCAAGGCACAGAUAUGUAUUUUGCAGGAGGAGCAAGAGAGACUUUUACUCCAGCUACAUUCCCAAAACAAAACCACCAGGCCGCUGGAUGUUCCUCUACACAUAAAUAACUGGGACACUCCUUCAUCCGCCAGAGAAAAUCAAGACAAAGCAAGUGAUGACUGGAUGAAUCGAGAAUAUGACCGGAUAGAGGAAAAUGUCAAGGCUUCUUCUGAUCAAGUUGAUGCGGUUGCAAUGACUUCAAUUUCUGAAAGAAAUCUUCCAGAGAUUGAAAGACGUAAGAUGGUCUCGCGAGAACGAGAUCUCUCAGAUAAUGGAGACAAAGCUAAGUCUCUCACUGAAACUCUCCAGAGGAAAGUUGUUUUGCUGGAACAGAAGCUUCAUGAACUGGAGGUAGAGCUGGACAAGACAAAAGCUUUGCUGAAGCAGCAAGUAGAGGAGAGUCUUCAAAAGGAGGAAAAGGUCAAGCAGUUGACCAUACAGCUUGAAAUGGGGCGCACACUGGCCAAGGUGAUUUCAUCCGAGAGCUCUUUAGUAAGUACACAAAGUCUAGAACCUGUGGCGGAACUGCAGGAAACACUAAUAAGUGGUCAAGAGAUGCCAACAGAGUUGGGAACUGCCCCUCAAGUUCUGGAUCAACCUCCAGUUUCACAUGCAGACAUGGAGCACCAUGUGAAAAGAUUGGAAGAGCUCCUUCAGGAGCAGUGGGAAUGCCUUUGCAAAGACGACUCAUCAGGGAAAAUGUCUUCAGAUCACUUGCCUCCACGUGUUUGCACUAUUCAAGAGCAGUUAACAACUUUAGUCACCCUUCUUGCCCUCUAUGUGUUUCCUACUGGUGAUGCCCCACAGCCAGGAGAGAAUUCCAAGACAGAAAAUUUGAAGACAAUCAGCAAAAGAGACAGUGGGAGCACGGAGGCAGAGGGAAUAAAUACAGCUAUCAAACUACAUGAGCAUGCAGAAGCGGAUGUUGGCCUUGAGAAGAACACGUCUAAAGAAGAAGGCCUAUGGACCACUAAAGAAGAUCUAUGGACCACAUGGACAACAGAUUCCAGUGUACAAACAUGCACAAGUAAAUAUGCAGAAUUCAAUCCAAAAGAAGAUGCCAUAGAUGUAGAGGCCACAAAACAAGACAAUCUGAAUAAGCAAACAAGUCAGGCAAGAGCUCUAGAGGAUCAGAUAGAGGAAGAAAGGAAGGAUUGCAUUUCUUUGCGCGUGGGCUCAGAUCAGAAAUUUCUGGAAGUGAAGGAAUACAGGGAGGCUGUUGAUAAAGAUUUCAUAGAGGCAUGUUAUUUCCUGAGAGACCACAUGGAUAAAGUAUCAGAACCUGAUGAUGAAAUGAGCCAAGCUCUCACUGUGGUGUUCCAGCAGUGGUUUCACGUCUCUGCUGAGGAGGGAGCAUGCGUUGACACUGUUGCUUCAUAUCUCAGUGAGGUUAACUCACAAACACCUACAGUCCUUCAGUUCCUGGUCAACAUGGCAGAUGAUAAUGGGAACACCGCUUUGCAUUAUAGUGUGUCUCAUUGUAACUUCAGCAUCGUCAAGCUCCUUUUAGACACAGGUGUAUGUGAAGUGGACCUGAGAAACAAUUCUGGCUACACCGCUAUCAUGCUGGCCUCCUUGACAGCUGUAGAAUCACCAGGAGACAUGAAAGUGGUCCAGCAGCUGAUGGAGCUUGGUGACGUCAACGCCUGUGUUGGCCAGGUGGGACAAACAGCUCUUCACUUGGCAGUAAGACAUGGACGUGUCCCAAUGGUGCGUCUCCUUCUAGAACAGGGAGCGGAUCCUAAUGCCCAGGAUCACGCAGGAACCACUCCACUGAUCAGCGCCUGUGAUCGGGGACACGUCAAUAUUGUGCGAAUUUUGUUAGAGGAAGCAAACUGCGAUGUCAGCUUAAAAGACAAGGUAAUUUCUUUAUGCGUGUUUGUCCGAAACCUAAGAAGAUGUUCAUCCAACAGUAAAAAGAAUAAUUUAACAGCUAUAAUAACACGUUUGUACAGAAGAUUUCUGGAGGAUUAAAAAAAUGAUUCUGUAUAGGAGUCACUAUGAGUCAGCAGUAUAAGCUGAGUAACUGUAUAAGCAUAAUCCAUAAUCCAUCUUGAAUAUUUUUGUUGGAAAAAACUAUGAAACUUUAUGGGAGGAAGACAACAGCUCUGCAGAGUAAGUUCAGCUUGGGUUAAAGGGCAACAGUGAGCUGUUUCUGCUAGACGGUUGAACUGUAAAAAAGUGCCACCUGCUGGACACAGUCUUGUCUGAUUUCUGGAAAUGGUCAGUAUGUGUUAACAUGAUGUCAGUCUUCAUACAAACAGCCUCUUCAUACAAACAACAACUGAAACUGACAGUCACCAGUGUACAAAUAAUGCUUACAAAGUGUUAGUCUAAUCACUAUGUGUGUCAGAGAAAUCCUUGCUUGGCAGCUGAAAUAAUCCCACACAGAGGUGGCUUCAUCGGCUCUAUAUGAGAAAAUGAGAAAGAAAAAGCCAGUGAGAGAAUGUGGAGGCAUGUAAGACAAAAUGAAAGCUGUCAAGUCUGCUCCCCCACAGCUGAAACUAGAGCGUUAGUCAGGUCACAUCUGCGUCACAUUACAACCGACGAGCUGCUCUGAGAACUAAUAAAUCCUCUGAAACACAGAGCAGGUGCUGUAAAGACUUCCUGCAAUCUUUCAGACAGAAGCAUCCUGUUUAAUGUCCACCUGUUCAAUUCACACAUAUGACAUUCAGGGAAUGAUGAAUAAUAACUAGUGAUGGUAGUAUUUUGUGUGUGUGUGUGUGUGUACCUGGUAUUUAUCACGUUAUGGGGACCAAAUGUCCCCACAAGGAUAGUACUACCAGUAAAUUUGUGAGGUCCCCAUGAGGAAACAGGCUCAUAAAUCAUGCAGAAUGAGUUUUUUUUUGAGAAAGUAAGAGUGUGCACAGCCUCCUGUGAGGGCUAGGUUUAGGUGUUGGGUGAUAGAAAAUACGAUUUGUACAGUAUAAAAACCAUUACGCCUAUGGAAUGUUCCCAUAAAACAUGGAAACACAAUGUGUGUGUGUGUGCGUAUACGUAUGUACAUUACCAUUCAAAAAUCUGGGAUCAGUACAAUGUUUUAAUAUUUUGAAAGAAGACUCUUAUGCUCAUCAAGGCUGCAUUUAUGUGAUCAAAAUACUGUAAAAAAUAGUAAUAUUGUGAAAUAUUAUUUACAUUUUAAAUAACUGUUUUCUGUUUUAAUAUAUUAUAAAAUGUAAUUUAUUCUUGUGAUGCGAAGCUGAAUUUUCAGCAUCAUUAAAACAGUUGUGCUGCCUAUUUAUUUAUUUUAUUUUAUUCUUUUGGAAACAGUAAUACAUAUUUUUAGGAUUAUUUGAUGAGUACAGAAUACAAAUAGAAUUGAAACAGAAAUUCUGGUAAAUAAUAAAUGUGUUGUUAUAUUAUAAAAUAGUGUUGCAAUGGUUCACUGUUAUUUAGGGUCCAGUUCUCACUAUUAACUAACUAUUAACUACAACUUUUGCCUCAAUAAACUCCUUAUUAAUAAUGCUUUAUAAGUAUUAAUAAACAGCCAAUAUGCUAGUAAUAUGCAUGCUAAUAAGCAACUAGUUAAUAGCAAGUGUUACCAUUGCAUUUUCAAAGUCAUCACAAUAGGUUUUUGAACAACAACAAAUAAAUAAAUAAAUAAAAAUAAUAUAAGAUAAAUAGCUUUUCUAAAUGUAUAAAUUCAUCUAAAUGUUUUACUCCUUUUUUUACUUUUAACAGUUGUGCUAAUAUUUUUGAGGAAAUUAUGAUUCAUAGAAAGUGCAAAAGAAGAGCAUCCACAUUUUCGUAACAAUAUAAAACAAUUUUCUGUCACUUUUGAUCAAUUUAAUGCAUUCCUUGCUAAAUAAAAGUUAACAUUUUAAAAAAUAAAAAAUAAAACUUACUUUUACUUAUGCUUGUUCAAAAUUUUUGAACAGUAAUGUGUAUAUAUUACAAUUUCUUGAGUGUUCACACUUUGCUAGUCACCUUGCAAAAUAUCAGCCUAUUCGAUUUACUUUCAAAAAUAAAAGUGGCCCAAAUAAGAAUGAAAAAUGUCAGAUUUAGUGUCACAAAAAAAAAAAAAAAAAGAAAUCUGAUUUGAGCCACAUUUAACAAUGACGUGAAUGUAGUCCCUGACUAGCCUUGUAGCACUACAAUAAAGACAGACUAUAUCCACAUUCUGUUUAGAUCUCUGUAGAUGCCAUAUUGUGUAUCAUAUUCACACAUCUCUGUUUUGU